CUGCGGCGGGGUCUAUGGCGUCCGUGCGGGGCACAAGCAGCGUCGGCGGCGGGCGAGGGGCCAUAGCUGCCUUGGGGGGCGAAGGGGAGCCCGGCGGGGGGCUGGUCGGGAGCCCUCCUUCCUCCCAGUACGGGAACGGGCUCGGGGGAAGCGGCCCCGGCGGGGACCAGGGCGUGGGGCUCCGUAACUUGGUGGAAGAGGAGGAAGAAGAGGAGGAGGGAGAGCUGCUGCUCGAGGCCACGGCGGGCGGCGGCGGAACAGGAGGAGGCGGCGGUGGAGGCGGAGGAAUCGGCGGCGGCGGGAGCAGGGGGUCCGGCCCCAGGGGCGCCCUUUCCUCCAGGGCGGGCCAGGCGGGAGUGGGGCCCCCCCAUCAUCACGCUCACUCCGAGGAGCUGGAGGAGGAGGCCGGCCUGGGAGAGAGCGACCCUGGGGACUCCGCCAUAGAAGAUCCGGAGCUGGAAGCCAUUAAAGCUCGAGUACGAGAGAUGGAGGAGGAAGCUGAGAAGCUAAAAGAGUUGCAGAAUGAAGUUGAGAAACAAAUGAAUAUGAGCCCCCCGCCUGGCAAUGCUGGUCCUGUCAUCAUGUCUUUAGAAGAAAAGAUGGAAGCAGACGCCAGGUCCAUAUACGUAGGCAAUGUGGAUUAUGGGGCAACGGCAGAGGAGCUGGAGGCCCACUUCCACGGCUGUGGCUCUGUCAACCGCGUGACCAUCCUCUGCGACAAGUACACUGGCCAUCCCAAGGGGUUUGCCUACAUUGAAUUCUCAGACAAGGAGUCAGUGCGGACGUCCUUAGCGUUAGAUGAGUCCCUCUUCAGGGGGAGACAGAUUAAGGUGAUUCCCAAACGGACCAACCGCCCUGGGAUCAGCACCACAGAUCGAGGCUUCCCCCGGACCCGGUACCGAGGGAGAGGAUCAGGCUACAGCAGUUCCCGGGCCCGUUUCUACAGCGGCUUUAGCAGCAGACCACCCCGAGGGCGCGCUUACAGGGGCCGGGCCAGAGCGACCUCAUGGUAUUCCCCUUACUAAAAACAAAAAAAAAAGUGUGGUUGUUUUAGGAAGGAGGAAAAAAAAAAGAAAAAAAAUGAAGAUUGUUACCAUGAUGGAAAAAAAAUACUGUUGGUGGGAGGUGGUUGUGUCUAAUGCUGUGCAGAGAAAGAGGGCUGACAUAUUUGGGAGGGGGGAAGACAUAAACAUGGGUGGGUGGGGGCAUCCUGUUGUCAGAUGUCCAUCUGCUAGUAUUGCUGACUUGAGCCCUGUCCCCCCCCCCCGCCAUCCUUUUCCAUCUGCAGAGAUUGUUGGGCAUAACUGAGCCAUUCCUCUUUUGUUUUUAUCGUUGCCCUGCAUUUGGGGGGGGUGGCACAGUUGUGGGGAGGGUUUGUAAUCCCCAAGUUCUUGUGAUACCUUAUUUUUUUUAGUUUUUGUUAUUCCUCCCUUCUUCCGCAGCCUCAGUCCAUUUGGGUGGGUGUGUCUUGUGCCUGGCCUUUGUCUAGCUCUCCUUGGCUUUUGUUUUGUUUUUCCUUCGUGGAUCAGCAGGAGGGGGAGCUGGGGCGCAUGGCUCCUGCAGCAAUGUCGCUGCCCAUGUCAAGACCUUCACAGUCAUACACUUGUCUUUCUCCCUUUGGCAGACUCAAGUCUCAACAUCCCAUUCUGGGGGUGUGUGGUUAGAUGGGGGGGGCGCUUCUUUGAGUUUUUCUCUUUCUCGUGUCCUGGAGACCCUAAUCCUCCAGUGGAGUUCUGCACCCUGAAUGCCAAUUCUAAAAUAGGCUGGGGGGUUUCCUGCAGCAAUAGUCAUCCUUCCUCAGGGUCUUGCAUUCCUUUUGCUCCCCCUUCUGUCUUUCCUCUGACCCCCACCCCACCCCCUGGGGUAUGUUAUAUGCCUUGUUUGAGUGUCUUUAUCUUUACAGGUUUCUUUAUUUUUUAGCCUGAAGAAAUAUCACCGAAACCUGAAGCUGUAGAGACCAGGGGCCGGGGAGAGGACUCCCUUGUGGGGGGGGGGAGGCUUGUGGGUGUGGGGAGGAAUUGAGGCCCAUAUUUCCAUGUGGGAGAAUGACUAAAAAAAAAAAGAGAAAGGGAGGAAGGGUUCAGGUUGGGCUGGGGCCAGGGAGAGUAAAGUGGGAGAAACAGAAUAAAAUGUUAUGAGGGCGGGAAAAAAAAUAAAGAUGUUUUUGGAAGAAAG